AUGCGUGUCUCCUCUACUUUGGCAGCAACAGAGAGACAAGUGACGGUGGGGAGUUGGGGAAGGAUUCCAAUCCAAUCCACGACCUCCUCAAGCACACUCAGAUUUGGCCCAGAUUCGAGCUCUUUGUACAAUGGUUCUCCUCUUCUUUACAACAGAAAGCAGAGCAAGAAUCUGGUCGUUCUUCAUCAUCUAGUUAGGUGUCAAGUCGUGGUACUGUGGAAAGAUGAGCGAAUACGAGUGGCUCUGCUUCCGAACUUGAAAGCACAACGGGAGACGAAGGUCGCACAGUCUGACGCCAUGCCGAAAUGCGAUAUCUGGAUGCUCAGCAGAGCUAGGAACUUGAUGGAGGAUCAACUUCUUGAGUUUGCCGUGGUCCGAUUUCCGGAAAUUACCUCCGCCGACGGUGGUUUGAUUUCUCCCGCCGGCAGCGUUCACCCCUCGGCUGGGUUCCUCAGCUCUACAACGACAAGCUUUAGCGACGAUAGGAAUUCCUCGGAUUCCAAGGACAAGAAGGGCGGUAACGGCGGCGGAGGGGGGCGAUCAUCAUCGUCGGCCUACCUAAACGUCUCUAUUCCCGGCGAAGGCAAUCAAAGAUCAUCCUCCUCCGUCGGGUACCCCGACACACCUACGUCGAGGAAAAGGAGCGAAAUCAGAGACCUUAUGCCAGACUAUCUCUCUCCCUACUCUCUCUCUCGAUUCUCUUCUUCCUUUGGAAGGAAAAUCGAAAAACCAACUCCGCCACCGAGAUCCCGAAAUCGCCUCCUCCCUCGAUUCUCUCUCUCGAUUCUGCUGGUGUUGGCGGCGGGACGACGAGCUGCUGCUGGAGACCUGGAGUUCGACGAGCUGCUGGAGACCUGGAGUGCUGGGCGAGGUGGAGGCGCUGCUGCUGCCUGGCUACUGCGGCGGGGCGUCGAGGUGGAGUCGGCAGGGCGGCGAGGUGGAGGCGCCGACGAUGGUGGAGGGGAAGGGCUGUUCUCUGUGAUGGGAAGGGGUGAAGGGGGAAGUGGGGCGGCGUCGGUGGAGUUCGAUUGCGAGGGUGGAGUGGGCCGUCGGCGAGCCGGAGGCGGCGACGAUGGUGGAGGGGAAGGGCUGUUCUGGGUUCUCUGUGACGGGAAGGCGAGAAGGGGGAUGUAG